AUGGAUAGAAGUAGAUUAAAAUUGAAGAUUGAAACUCCAAAGGAGCGGAAAGAUUCUAAAAGAUCUAGUGAUAAACCAGUGUCAUCUAUCUCCACAGAGGAUAAAGAGCAAAAAAAACCAGAAGGCUUGGAACAGUUUCAAUGGACAAAGGAUGACACCGAAACUGAGCAGCCGGGUCAAUCCAGGCAUCGUAUUGUUUUUCCUAAACCUAAAUACGACUAUACCAAUCCUCCUGAAGAUCCGGCCAAAACUGCAGCAUUGUUUGCUAUAGUUCAAGCACAAAGGCCAGACUUCAUGAAGGAAUCGUAUACAGAUGAGCUCAAAAUGUUUUUGCCUCUUGACGGAGAUAUGAGUCAUGGCCCUGAUUGUGAUAAUUUUAUAUCUCUCCAUGAUCAAAAAGUCAAUAUAAUGUUCCAACGUAGUAUAAAAGACUAUGAACGAAAAGAGAGAAUUCGUCAAAUUGAGUUAGAGAAAAAGCGACCACCGGCUAGAGUAGAACCGAUUCUACAGGAUUACGAGAGACUUAGACCUCGAUUAGAAAAAUAUAUGGCUGAACGACGAAGACUUGGCUUAAGUGAUAAGAUUUUUGAAGAGCUUCCUAGUAUAGUCCCUAUGACGAAAUCAGUUGGUUUAUUAGAGCCAUCUCCUGCACUUAUUAGAGCAAGGCAACUGUUACGCGAGAAUAACGAGGAAUGUGAACGUAGGAGAAAAAUCAAAGAAGAAAGAAGGAGACAGCUGGCUGCCAGGAACGCACUAUUGAACAACGAAAAAAAAUCAGCAACUGAUGUUCUUUCUGAGAAUCUGAAAAAGCCACCCGAUAUUGAUGCUGUAACAAAGAAUGGCACUGAUCAACCUGAUGAAGAACACAGAAAGAUUCUAUCUAACGGCUCGACAACUAGUGGAAGUCACAUUAAUCGAAUAAGUGACAGACUGAGGAAUCCAGAAAGCGCUGAUGAUUCGUUGAACAACAACUCAAACAGUAGCAAAAGCAACAGUCUCACAAGUCCCAUUCCUGCUCAUAUGGAAUAUCAGCCAAUUAGCAUUGUUGUUCCUUCUAGUGAAAACGAUGUUACUAUGAACGAAUUUACAUCUAGAAAGAAAGAAACUGUCUGCCAGCUAGUUCCAUCAGAGGAAUCGGAUAGCUAUACAGUUCCGGAUAGCGAUUUUGUUGUUAACUGUGCUGGGCCUAGUCGCAGUAGAAGCAGAUCCAGCGGCACUGUUCCCGAUAGUGAUGAAUCUCCACGAAGAGCCAUAGCGCCGGAUAGGAACAGUUUCAAAGCACCUGAUAUGAACCGAAGUCGUCGACGUAACGCUGUUGUGGAUAUGCCCCUGACAUCACCGCUUCUCCCACUUGACCAUCUGACUAGAUCGAGAAGUAGUGCGAACGUCGAAAGACAGGAUUACCAAGCUAUGAGAGAUAGGAAACGACGUAAUGCUCUUCUUGAUUUUCCAAAGGAAAUCCCUCUUCAUCCAAUCGACCAAGAUUCUGAUCGCGAUUCGUAUAGAAAUAGUCUUAUGGACAUCUAUAGCCAUAAGGAAAUACCUUUAUCUGUCAUUGAUCCUUAUAACAAAGCCUAUCAAAAAAGACCUACAGCUGAAAGACAUCAGCAGCAGCAUGAUGACUACACUGAUUUCGAUCUUCUCAAAAGUGAUCCUGUUCUUUAUCGUGAACAGCUUAAAGAACUAGAGUAUUAUCAAAAUUUGAAAAAAACCACCAACAUGCAAACAAGCCGUUCUCAAACAAGCAUAGACAUGGAAAUUGAUGUGGUUGGGACAAACUCGUCAACGAUCACAGAUUUUACAUUCAACAACCCUAGUACGUCGUCAGCAUAUUCUCCGUUUGGUCAAUUCAAAAAGGAACCGUUCGCCGAAUUGCCAGUUGUCAUCCCGCUAGAACUUGUAGGAGAAAAAAUGAAUCCAACAUCACUGAAAAGUGAACUGAUGGGGCUUGUCGAUGACAGCAAAUCAAGAGAUUCAACAUCCACGGACUGUUCUUCUGAUUCUAUGUGCUCACUUCCCACACCCGAAGAAUCAUUAUUGACUCUUCAAAAAAAAAUACUCGAACAAGCGUCUUUAAGGAAUGCUUUGACUGCACAACAAGCUUUACAAGCUCAACAAGUCUCUUAUUUAGAGAACUUCAAUACAAAUCUAAAAAAUCUUGGAAAAAUUGGCAUCCAAGCAGAACCUGAAGAAGAUUCCCCAGCAAACCAGUUGCCCGAUAAGUUGAAGAAACCAUCCAUGUCAGAUGCAGGUCAAAACCUAGUUAAUGGUCAGAAGGUCAACCCAUUAGCCAGUAUCAAUGUGAAAGAAAUGAAAAAUAUGCCUGAGCCUUACACUUAUGAAGAGCCAGUUGAGUUUAAUGGUCCCUUCCGAAAAUGUCUGAAGACUAUUCCUUGGUAUGACAUAGAGCAGUAUUUGGAACACUCUCCAACCAGCUUCAGAAAUAUGAAAAAAGCUGGCUAUAGAGUUCCGGAGAAAUUUGACGAGCCUCCUCCUCCAAAAAAACCAUGGAAAAUGAGUCGUGCACUCAAAAGAGAGUUGUUCUAUGAACUAGUCACUUUGAUGGAGCUUCAGAAGGCUAGAGGCGUUCCUGUCACACCUUUUACGGGAUUAACCUCAGACGAAGAAGAAGAGGAAGAAGAACCCGCAAAAAAUAAACCAGAGAAACCUAACGAACAAGAAAAGGAAACGAAAGGCGAAUCGAAACCGUCUGGCUGGAACGCUAACGACACCAAUUUUCAUAUUGCGUCCCAGCCAACUCGUUUUGAAGAGAUUGGACAAAUCAGUAUCAAAAAACAACUAAGCGUCAGCCGAGAAGCGACGGAGAAGCAUUUCAAGAACAAAAAAGAAGCUCAUACCCUCAAAUCUAAGCCUAACCAUGCUUGUUCGGUUCUCAAAUCAAAGUCGUUGAAUAAUAAUGUCUACCCAUCGACAUCUAAAAAGAAGGAUUCGAACGGUGUUUUAGUCAAAUUGAAAAAAUCGAAAAGCAUUGAAGAGUCAUCCCGCCGAAAAAGUUCGAACGAGUUCAAACAUCCAAACAACUGUGUUAUGCCAAUAGGCGUUAAACGGGAUCAAAGCACUAGCCGCCGUGGAUCCGAAGAAGAUGAUAAAAACGACAAAACUGAAGAGCCUUCGCCGAAAAGACGCCCCCCACCUGUCAUUCAAAGUACGUUAGAUGAUGAGGACGCUUAUAACUCGUUUGAUUUCGAAACUCCCAACGCAGUUGAAAUUAGGAAGGAGAAAAACACAUUUUAUGUGCCGGACGAAGAUAGCGACGACGAUAUGGAUAUCGAGGACGACCUACCGGAACAAAAACCCCCACCCGUAGUUCUCAAACUCAAAAGUUCUCUUAAUUCAAGAAAAAGAUUAGAAUCUUCAACUAGGAAUCUAACAGAUGAAAAUUCUUCACAUGCACGAAAAAUUCGGGAAGAAACAAAACGUUUAACUAGAGAAGAUUUAUUAUUGACAUCCUCAUUAAUAGGAUCAAAUAAUAGCAAAUGUUGCAGAAAUGCAAUUAGUAAGCAGUCGUUGGAACAUGAAAGACAGCCAAUGGAAGAGAUGCGUUUGGAGAAGCGCCAAAAAUUAUCACAUGACGAGCCAGACAUCAAAGUUAACGCAGACAUUAUCGAGCGCACAGCUGUAGCGAUUGGAGAAAACAGACAGACAUUGUCUGGCCUAGCAAAACCAGAACUAAUUCUGGAGGUUGCCCAACAAUCACAAUCAAGGAAUGUUUUUGAUGUGGCCAAAACGAUCAAGGCCCUCAAAUAUUACAAGAAAAUUCUAAAAAUGGAAUCUGCCUCUGAAAUGGGAGUACAUGAGAGUAAACGGGACAACCCUCGAGUUUAUGUAGAAGAAAGUGAGACAUUUCGAGUUAGAAAGGAAGCCCGAUAUGAGCUAGGCAAACGGAAUAUUGAAAAAACCAAAUACGUCUGGUCGCACGAGGAACUGGUUGAAACGCUUCAGAAAUAUUUUACGUAUUUAUCCUUUUUGAUUCAAGGAGUACUAACAGGACUGCUGUUAGGUGACACCAUUUACACGUUUUCGUUUGAAAAUGAGAAAGCCUUUCCAAAAGAUCAAGCGUUAGCCUUGCCAUUGAACUCGGUCAUGUGUGCUGGUUGCACUGUCGCUUGUAUUGCCGUUUUGGAUAUAUUGACUAACAUGAAGGCUACGGUAGAGAACCAAGCAAAACGCGAAAAACUAAUAGUAGCAUUAGCUUUAUGGAUUGUAGCUUUAACCACAUCAGCUUUAUCAAUUGCUUCUGAUGAAAUAUUAUCACCAGUUAACGAAAGCGCACUGGAUGAAGAAGGACUCCUGUUUCGCAAAUUGUAUUGCUUGACACGCUCUCUGUCAGCACUGGGUGCGUGGGUAUUCAUCACAUACGGAAUGGAAAUGAAACGACCCAAAAACGAAAUAGGGGUCAAUGCUGAUGUCAACCAACAUGUUGCAGACGAGCUGGAUUGA